CUCCUCCAUCCUCUUCCUCUCGUCCGCAACCCAACACAAAAACCACACAGCCAACGCGCGCCAACCACCUCGCCGCACCGCGUCACGGUCCACGGCCCCCCACCGCGACCAUGUUUCCGCCCCUCCUCUCGCGCGCGCCGUCCCCUCUCCUCACCGCCGCGUCCACCUCCACUACCGCCUCGUCGCCGCCGGCCCCUCCGCAGGCGCUGAGGCUGCCGCCGCCUAGCAAGCCGCCCCUCGCCACGACGCUGGUCGCGGCGGCCGCGGCGGGCCUGCUGCUGCUGUCACCCGCGCCGGCUCCCUCCCGAGCCGACCCUGAGUUCAAGGUGUACUACGGCACGGCGGCGAGCGCGGCGAACUACGGCGGGUACGGCGGGAACGCGAGCAAGAAGGACACGGCGGAGUACGUGUACGACGUCCCCGAGGGGUGGAAGGAGCGGCUGGUGUCCAAGGUGGAGAAGGGCACCAACGGCACGGACAGCGAGUUCUUCAACCCGCGGAAGCGGUCGGAGAAGGAGUACCUGACGUUCCUGUCCGGGAUCCGCGCGCUGGCGCCGCUCAGCGCCGUGCUCAACAACCUGGCGCUCUCCGACGUCGGGCUGCAGGACCAGAUCGCGUCCGCCGACGACGUGACGUCGGCGGAGCGCACCGACGGCGCCGGGCAGGUGUACUACGAGUACGAGGUGGCGGGCGCCGGCGCGCACAGCCUCAUCUCCGUGACGUGCGCGCGGAACAAGCUGUACGCGCACUUCGUCACCGCGCCCAACCCCGAGUGGGGCCGCGACGAGGCCGUGCUCCGCCGCCUGCACGAGUCCUUCAGGACCAUCCAGCCCGGCGCCCCGCCGCCGGCCGCCGAGAGCUAACUGCCUCCGGCGGGGCCGCAGAUCGAUCGAUGCUGCUUUGCCAUUGCAGGUAAGUGUGCGCAUCUGUACGAGGGGAGAUUGAGAUCGAGCUAGCAAGAAACUGAGGAGAACAAUGUGAUUUGCGGUGUAAUAUACUGAUUAAUCAGUUUUGUAUAGUAUGGAAUUGGUUUGUUCCUGUGUUCGUAUUA